AUGCAGGCCUCGCGACACGGAAUUGGGCGCCAAUUGCUCGCGCAGAGCACGCGCAGCGUGAAAAGAGAGCCCUACCGCUGUUUCUCGUGCUCCGUCCGCCACGCACAACAACAGCGGGCGGCGCCACCACCGCCGCCGCCACCAAAAUCACCGCAAGAUGCACCGUCCACAACGCACUUUGGCUUUGAAACGAUUGCAGAGGCGCUCAAGGAACAACGAGUCGGCGCCGUUUUCUCGUCAGUCGCCUCGUCGUACGACUCAAUGAACGAUUUCAUGUCGCUGGGCAUCCACCGGCUCUGGAAAGACCAUUUUGUGCGGAACCUGAAUCCGGGGCGGAACCCGCUUGCAUCUGCGGGUUCGCACAAUAACGACAACGCCGGCGGUAUGAAUAUCCUCGACAUCGCCGGCGGCACCGGCGACAUCGCCUUCCGCAUGCUGGACCACGCCUCGCACGUGAACCACGACGCCCUUACCCGCGUCACCGUCGCAGACAUCAACCCGGACAUGCUAGCCGAGGGCAAAAAGCGGUCGCUGCAAACGCCGUAUGCACGCUCGCCGCGCCUCGACUUCCUCGAGGCCAACGCCGAGAAACUGGAUAUGAUUCCGAGCAACAGCGUCGAUCUGUACACGGUCGCAUUUGGGAUCCGCAAUUUCACACACAAGGAUGUGGCGCUGCGCGAGGCAUUCCGCGUGCUGAAGCCCGGCGGCGUCUUUGCCUGUCUGGAGUUUAGCAAAGUCCAGAAUCCGCUGUUUGAUGCCGUGUACCAGCGGUGGAGCUUCGGUGCGAUCCCGCUUAUUGGCCAGCUGGUCGCGGGGGAUAGAGAUAGCUAUCAGUAUCUGGUGGAGAGCAUUGCACGGUUCCCCAGCCAGGAAGAGUUCAGCGGUAUGAUUCGCGAUGCGGGCUUCCUGGUGCCGGGCAAGGGCUACGAGGACUUGACGAACGGCAUUGCGGCUAUACACAAGGGCGUCAAGCCUAUCAGCAGCAAGACAGCGUAGAGCCUCUUGCAAGUAAGGGGAGGGCAGGGGGCAGGUGAGAAUUGUACUAGUAUGUAUGCAUCAUCAUUUCAUCUCUCUCGCAUCCUCACCAAAAGAAGAAGAAAA